AAGAAAGAAGGUUACAGACCUUGUGUUUUCUUCGUCACUGACGACCUAUACAAAGGAGAGUGGAGCAAGAACAAGAGAGAUGGACGGGGUAUACACUUCUACAAAAGUGGAAAUCGGUACGAGAGAGAGUUUAAAAACGGGAAACGGGAAGGUCUUGGAACCUUUUGGCUCAUAGAUGGCAACAGGGGCCCGGACUUCUUUUUGGACUGUGUGGAGAAAGAUACGACGGCUACUUUGAAAAGGGCAAGAGAUCUGGACUCGGAAAGCAGAUUUACAGGCACUGGGAAUCCGAGAAAGAAGUAUAUCAUGUCUAUUACGGCGGGUGGGCAAAUGAUAAGCGGAAUGGUGUCGGUACUCUUACCUUAGGGCUGUGUUUCUCGCCUCGGCUCCCGUUGAUCAACGAGCAGCCUGCUUACUCAUGCACCAGUGUUAUUUUUCACUUCUUCUGAUGCGGAUAUGACAACCGUCUCGAAUAACUGAACCGUGCCCUCUCGAAGAUUCGCUGUCAGGCACUCGGUGGACGAAAUUCCAAAAAAAAAAAAAUCGGAGUUGGGAUCAGCGUUCUGCGCGAAAUCGUGGAGAACGUGAAACACAGUAGCUUUGUUGAGAAGUUCAAUAAAGUUCUGUAAGAUGACUUCUCCAGGGAUUACAACACGCAAUGAUCUCCCCAAAUUCAAUGGGGAGCAUUUUCAUUCCUGGAAGAACAAGAUGAGUUCGAUAUUUCGAGAGGAAGGAUUGAUGGACGUAAUUGAAGGUAAAGAGCUUCGGCGGACCACUGCACCUGGUUCUACAACCAGUACACCUGCGUCGUCAGGAGGAGAGAGUAAGAAAGAAUGGGAUUAUAAAAACCUUAUUCCCUUAGCGAUGUUGAAAUACUCGUCAGGAGCAGAGAGGAAGAAAGAAUGGGAUGAUAAAAACCUUAUUUCCUUAGCGAUGUUGAAAUACUCGUUGGACGCCCAUCAACAUUUGAUUGCUCGCUAUGCUACAGCAGCAGAGGCUUGGGCUGAACUGAAUAGAGUUUUUGGAUCCCAUGACUUACAAAUGCAAAUGCAGUUGAGAGAUGCAUUGCAUACACUCAAAAUGAAGACAGGCGAGUCUGCGGCGAAACAUAUCAUCAAAUUUCGUCUACUUCUUGCCCAGUUGGCUUCUGUAGGGCAGACGAUUGCAGAGGCAGAAGCUUAUACCUGUCUCCUUCGAAGUCUUCCUUUCGAGUAUAGAUCUUUUGUGCGUUCGAUGCGGUUACAGCACACGUUGACCACUCAAUCUGUCAUUGCUAGUCUUCUUCUUGAAGCAUCACACCUCCAAGAAGAAGAGUUGAACGACAAAAUGGCAGCACUCUACACAGAUAAAAGACGAGGGUGGACUACCUCAACGCCAAAGAUGAUGCAUCCAAAAAAAUCCACUGAGGUAGAUUCUUCAUCACGACAAAAAACUCCUUCUAAAUCAUCUUUUCCCAUGCAAAAGAUGAAGUGCUCCUAUUGUAAGAAGCAAGGCCACCUUGCUCAAGAGUGUCGGAAGAAGAAACAAGAUUCUGCGGUGGAAGACAGGUUGGAGAUGUUAGGAUGGUACCGUCAGCUAGAAAGAAAUGUUGGAGGUAUAAGGAGGGUUCCGAGAUUUUAGGAUGUUAGAGAAAGGCAUUGGUAGCUAGUAAGUGGGAGUGUUAGACUACUGUUAUCCUCCCUAUUACUUUUUGUCUUUGCGGAUUCUUGCAGUUAUAGUUAGGACUGUGAUGUGGACUGUGACUGUGAUGUGACUACGACCCUUUGUAUCCCGGGAGUGUGUCCCUUGGUAUCCCUUGUCACAUCCGUUACAUCCCUUGUCUCGGAUUGGGUAUUUAAACCCAAUCCGGGACCUGUGUUUUAUCAACAACUCUUAUGUAGAUCCUUCGUCAAAACUAAGGAACUAUGUCGACCCAUUCUUCCAUUGCUUUAUUUUAAGGUUCAUGUUUUAGCU